CGAAUAGGCCAGAGGCUGGGAGGGUCCGAUGGAGCGCUCUGGGGAAGAGCGGAGUCGAGCCGAGCAAGACUACGCGCUCGGGUCAUUGGUGAUUCCGCCGCGAUGAAGUCUGAACUGCAUAUUACUGAACAAAUGGACGCUCUCAACAGUAAUGGAAAGCUGGAGCUUAGCACACGGCGAGUUUUAGCGAGGCAUUCCGAGACCAAAGCACAAUCUGGGAGGUAUGCUCGGGGAACAUGCGAGAUCCAUAGCUUGGUCUCCUUGUAUCGUGAGCGUGUGGUUCCUAACAAAGGAAGGUACCCAUUACGGAGAAUGGAAAUGUCAGAAGACGAAGAUUGUAAUUAUGAAGUCCAAGUUAAUGGAGGGAGAAGUUCAGGUGUUGGCUAUGGGUUGGAAGAUUCACAGCAACAACAAAAUGUAAAAAAGGGAUGGAAUGUGGGAGGCGUACAUGGAAUUGGGAACAUGGAGCACGAUUUUGUCAUCAUUAGAAGGCAAGCCGACGCCAAUAAUGCCCAAUUCGGCUUCGGGCUACAGGCGGCCAGCAGGCUAGCACAGCUACGUGCAAAGGAGAGCAACAAGAGCAAGCUGCUUGGGGUGACGGAGGCGGCCGAGUCCUUGACUGGAUGGGCAUGGACGGGAGCUGGAUCAUGUUCAUGGGGAUUGACGGAAGAAGGAAGUGUCAUGGGAGCUGUUCGUGCUAGUAGUCAAGUUCAAGUUCCUGAACGCAAUUGGAAGUUCAGAAAGCGCGAACAACCGCGGAGUCAAUAUUGGAGAAGAUUGGUAGGGCUAAAAUUAGUCAACCUCGAGGACAAGGUUGAUUUCAAGGUGGAGGGGAUGAUAGAAACCUAUUCUCCACGGGUUUCUAUCAUAAUUACCAUAUUCAUAUUAGGGAUAAUUAUUACUUAAUUGGUGGUUAAGUUUAGGGUUAUUAUUAGGUUUUCAGCUCUUUUCCUAUAUAAAUGUACUUUGUUAUUUGUUUAGAGGUAAUAAGAAGAAUAUUAAGAAAUCCAUCUCCUAAAACCUAUUCUCCCAAUCCUCUCAAUUCUCGAUCUCGAUCCCUCUAAAGGCUUAGGCCGAUUCUCUUGUUCUUUCUCAAAUCCCUAAUUCUUCCCCAAUUCUCCAUAAAUCCCCAAUUUCCCAACGUCACAACUAUAUCCGAUAGAACCCUAAUAAACAGGUUUCUAUCACAUCAACAUAAAAAAUACAACUUGUGAUUUCAAGAUUGUAAUGGAGUUUAAAUCCAUUAUAGUUCAUUGUUUAAUCGUUCAACUUUUGACAAACCACCUUGCCCAUCACGAGUCAACCCCCUCGCCAACCUUUUUUAUAAAUAAUUUUGUAUCUAUUAAAACUAUUAAGCCGUAAGUUUUUUUACGGUUGCAUACGAUAAAAACGGGCAUGCCUUGAUUACUGUUCAUAAACGAUAAAGUUUUUGCUUUCCUGUGGCCGAAUGUACUUUACCAACGUAAAGCUCUGGCGGCUGCCCCCGGCUGCCCAAGCCCAAACAUCUAACCUUUGCUUAGGGCUGCAAACGAGCCGAGUCGAGUCGAGUUUUUGCUUAGCUUGAGCUCGGCUCGUUUAUAAAUUUUUUAGCUCGAGCUCGGCUCGAACUCGAAUUUUGAUUAUCCAGCUCGAGCUCGAGCUCGGCUCGACAGAGCUCGGUAAAUGGUCAUUAACACAGCUUGUCAAGCUGAGUACAAGCUCAGCUCAAGAUAAGCUCGAUUUGAAACCAUUCUUGCUGAAAAAUGUGUACAAAUAAGAACAUUAGAAAUUAAAAAUAAUAAAAAGAACACUAGAAACUAAAAAUAACAUGUAACUUCCAUACACAUCCUUAUUAAAAAGAUAAUUUUCAUGUUCAGAAGAGUAAUUAAUCCUUCCACAAGCUUUAAACAAGCCAGCUCACGAGCUUAGCUCAACAAGCCACCGAGUCAAGCUAGCUCACGAGCUUAUCAAGCCGAGCAUGGCCUAGCUCAAGCUUGGCUCGUUUACUAACGAGUCGGCUCGCGAGCUGGCUUGUUAAACAACGAGUCGAGUGUCGAACGAGUUUUUUCCGAUUCGAACGCCGAGUUGCUCGCGAGCAGCUUGGCUCAUUUGCAGCCCUACCUUUGCUCGUCAUUUUUUAUACAUUGGGUUGUAUGAUGGUGACGUACAUACCCUUAUUACAACUUCAUCUCUCCAUUAUUUUUUCCGCUGAAUAACUCCAUCUCUAUUUUAGGAAGAGACAAAUUAGUUGAGGUGUUGAUUUUGAAUUAUAUGGUUAACAUAAGUUAAAUGGGAGGAUGAAACUAAUUUUUUUUAAUUAUAUACAGUAUCACAAUUUCAUCAAUUUGCAUUAUGUAAAAGUUUUGUAACAUAAGUUAAAUGAGUGGAUGAAAUUUUAAAUAUAAUUAUUUUCAUAUCGGUGCGUAUAUACCAAUUUUAUCAUAAUCUAUUUUUUCUCUUAUAGUUAGUUGUUUAAUUAUUUUUCCCCAUCUCCUGCAAAACAAUUUCACUAUAAGGUCUUUUCUCAUGUUGUCCCUUUCUGUAGUGGGUACCAUUCGUGAAUUUUUUUAUUCAUAUACUCAAUUUUAUCAUAAACUAUUUCUCUCAUAUAUUCAGCUAUAUAGGUCAUUUUUUUAUUUUCCAUCUCCUACACCCUAUAUCCGUAUAAGCUCUUUUUCCCCUGUAGUAAACUAUGUAUGUACAU